AUGUCUCGACCUGGAGGACAUAUGGCUCCCAUCACAAGUCGCCGCAUGCUGGACGAGCUCUGGAGGCUGGUGUUGGAGGAGCUUGUGGAAGAGAAUCCCACUCAACUAACGAUCGCCCCUUUACUGCUAGUGUGUAAGGCAUGGAAGACUUGCGGUCAAAGCCUGCUAUAUCGACACCUCUGUUUCUCUGGGAUCCGGCAGCUCAGAGCAUUCUACGAGCAUCUGUUCUUCCAUGCCACCGAGGGGCGCUAUCCCGGUCUCUACACGCAGACGUUUACACUCUGGACACGAGGACUCGUUCUGCAAGAACUGUCACACUAUGUCCCUCGUAUGCUUGGGUACUUGCACAACAUCCGCGCAUUCCAUGCGCAGGAGCUCGACAUCUGCUCAUCAAUUCUUGAGCCACUGGACGUAGUCGCUAAACGCACUCUUUGCGAGCUGUCGCUCACGCUCUGCUCAGCCGAAGCCGAUGGAGCGAUCAAUCUUGCGAUCGUAUCGCGUUUCACAGGCCUGAAGAAGCUGCAACUCAGGAUGAACUGGGGCGCUGAUUCUACUGUGUUUGCAAUCGGCCGUGCACCUGGAUUCCGCAUGCCUCGCCUCGUUUCCCUCGCGUUGUCUUCGCCACGCGUACCACCCGUACACGAGUUCUUGGCCUUCUUACCCCGCUGCGAACUUCCAGCACUCACAAGCCUUGAUCUUGACUUCCCCCACCUUACCGCCGAUGGCACUGCCUCUCUCCAACCAGUCUUCGAGAAGCUUGGCUCCCAGCUAAGGCACCUCAGCUACAAUGUACCAGAAGCUGCCCGACUUCCUCAAACAGCCCUCGUGCUGUCCCCGAACCUUGAGCUCAUAGAAUUCAAGACGGCCGCACCGUCCAUCGACCUCAUCCAUAUCCUACCCGCUACUAUCCAACAGAUCAAUAUCCCAGUCGACUUCUCCUUCUCUGAGGGGCCGGCCGGUGUCGUCCGGUUCUUGAACGACUGGCUAGCGGAGAAUCCCGCAGAUUGCAGUCUGCGUCGCGUCCAGUUGACUAUGAAAGGGCUACAGCGAUUCGAUUGGAGGACCGUUGGGUUGGUCUCCCCGGUAUUUGCUGGUCAGCUCAUGACCUCCGCGAUCCUAUUGGGUGCCCGCGGUGUUCACAUUAUCGACGGCUUUAAGAAUACGCUAAUCAUGGUUGCCGCCAGUCAGCUUACAGGGUUGUGCUCAUAG